UCGAUCGAGCUCAGUUUUGUACCGGCGCUCCAUCGAGUCAGGUCCGUCCUGCGGCGCCAUCAUCAUCAUCGCGAGGACGUUCAGUCACACCAGUUCAGUCAGACACAGUUGAUCGAGCUCGGCUAGAUCGGUUCCCGUCUGGUUUGGCGGAGUAAUUUCGGCGAGUGCUCCUUUCAGUCCCCUCCCCAAAAAUGACGAUCGUUCGCGGAGGACGGAUGGUGCUGCUGUUUGUCGGUGCGCUGAUCGGCGUGAUGGUGACAUCGCGCAACGCUUUGGCCCAACAACCGAUCGACAAGAUCUUCUUCCCGGAGAACGAUACGAUUCUGGGCUUUGCCAACCGUGUCGGAGAGGGUGACACCGUGGCCACUACGAAGGACCCACUGGAUGCGCUUUUACCGACGCAGCGCCCCAUGACGCUGCUCACGGCACAGGGGGAACAGUGCACUUGCGUACCGUACUUCACCUGCCGGCCACAGCCCGAGUUUGCCGAGCAGAAUAAAUUCAACGAGAUCGACGUGAACUACAACCCGGAGAGCUGCCAGGACGUGCUGGAUGUUUGCUGUCGCGAAGUGGACUCGUUGGUGGUUCCGUUGAACAAUACGCCCGGUGACCCACCGGCAGGCAAACCAAGGGGUUGCGGUCUGCGUAACAUCGGGGGAAUCGAUUUCACGCUGACCGGUAACUUUAACAAUGAGGCUGGUUUCGGUGAGUUCCCGUGGACGGUGGCCAUCGUAAAGACGCUGGAUGGUAGCAGCAACUGUGGUGGUUCACUGAUUCACCCGAAUCUUGUCCUCACUGGUGCGCACUGUGUGCAAGGGUUCCGUCAGGGACAGCUGAAGAUCCGGGCCGGUGAAUGGGACACGCAGACGACCAAGGAGCGUCUACCGCAUCAGGAGCGAGCGGUUGUACGUGUCAAUACGCAUCCCGAGUUUAAUCCUCGCAGUCUGGCCAAUGAUAUCGCCAUCCUGGAGCUGGACCAAGCGGUACAACUGACGGAUCACAUCAACGUGGUGUGCCUACCGCCGGCCAACUAUGAUACACGCCGAUCGGAUUGUUUUGCCACCGGUUGGGGCAAGAAUCAGUUCGGAGUGGCCGGCAAGUACAGUGUGAUCAUGAAGAAGGUGCCACUGCCGCUGGUCGCCUCAUCAACCUGCGAGCGCCAGUUGCAGGCGACCCGGCUCACCACGCGGUUCCGGCUGCACCAGACGUUUAUCUGUGCCGGUGGCCAGAAGGGAGUGGACACGUGUGAGGGUGAUGGUGGGGCACCGCUCGUUUGUCCGAUCGGUGCGCCCGCUGAUAGUCGCUAUGCUCAGGUUGGUGCCGUGGCUUGGGGUAUCGGUUGCCACGAUGCGGUACCGGCCGUCUACACCAACAUCAUUCUGUUCCGAUCGUGGAUCGAUAACAUCGUCCGAACGCUGGGCUUCGACACGAACGUCUACGAUCCGGUGCAAUCGGCCUUCUCCGGAUUGUUCUGAAGUGUUCUGGGCUGCUGAGAUGAUUCUAGACUUUAAUAAAUGAAACCUGACGAGGUCAGCUUAUGAACGCACAUGUAAUUGUGCUGUUUUGAUUUA